AUGGGUGGGGGAGUUCCCGACGGAAGGAAAGAAGAUGACAUCGUAAAGAUAAAGAAAGAAGGUUAUAAAAUAUGGGAGGAGAAACGAAAGGAUCUUGUUGAAAAGAAAUUCGUUGUCCCCGAGACUGGAGUUCCG